ACAAGGUGGGGGGACAGUUCUGAGACACUGGAAGAAAGUGAAUCCUGUAGGACCUGCUGCCUUGAGAUGAGCCACGACUUCCUAUUGAGGAGCAGAGCCAGCCUGAGAUAUUGCUGUGGUGGAGAUGAGUGAUGCCUUCCGACAACCAUCCUUGUUCUACCACCUUGGAGUGAGAGAGAGCUUCAGUAUGGCCAACAACAUCAUCCUCUACUGUGAUACUAAUUCUGACUCACUGCAGUCACUGAAGGAAAUCAUUUGCCAGAAGAAUACUAUGUGCACAGGAAAUUACACCUUUGUUCCUUACAUGGUGACUCCACAUAACAAGGUCUACUGCUGUGACAGCAGCUUCAUGAAGGGGUUGACAGAGCUCAUGCAACCCAACUUUGAGCUGCUUCUUGGACCCAUCUGCUUACCGCUUGUGGAUCGUUUCAUUCAACUUUUGAAGGUGGCACAAGCAAGUUCCAGCCAGUAUUUUCGGGAAUCUAUACUCAAUGAUAUCAGGAAAGCUCGUAAUUUAUACACUGGUAAAGAACUAGCAGCUGAAUUGGCAAGGAUUCGGCAGCGAGUCGAUAAUAUUGAAGUCUUGACAGCUGAUAUUGUCAUAAACCUGUUACUUUCCUACAGAGAUAUUCAGGACUAUGAUUCUAUUGUGAAGCUGGUAGAGACUUUAGAAAAGUUGCCAACCUUUGACUUGGCCUCCCAUCAUCAUGUGAAGUUCCAUUAUGCAUUUGCACUGAAUAGGAGAAAUCUCCCUGGAGACAGAGCAAAGGCUCUUGACAUUAUGAUUCCUCUGGUAGCAAGCGAAGGGCAGGUUGCUUCAGAUAUGUACUGCUUAGUUGGUCGGAUCUACAAGGAUAUGUUUUUGGACUCUAAUUUCAUGGACACUGAAAGUAGAGACCACGGCGCUUCUUGGUUCAAAAAGGCAUUUGAAUCUGAGCCAACACUACAGUCAGGAAUUAAUUACGCUGUCCUCCUGCUGGCAGCUGGGCACCAGUUUGAAUCUUCCUUUGAGCUCCGGAAAGUUGGGGUGAAGCUAAGUAGCCUUCUUGGGAAAAAGGGAAACUUGGAGAAGCUCCAGAGCUACUGGGAAGUUGGCUUUUUUCUGGGGGCCAGUGUUCUGGCCAAUGACCACAUGAGAGUCAUUCAAGCAUCUGAAAAGCUUUUUAAACUGAAGACACCUGCAUGGUACCUCAAAUCUAUUGUGGAGACAAUUUUGAUAUACAAGCAUUUUGUGAAGCUGACUGCAGACCAACCUAUGGUCAAACAGGAGCUUGUGGAUUUCUGGAUGGACUUCCUGGUCGAGGCCACCAAGACAGAUGUUACUGUGGUUAGGUUUCCAGUAUUAAUAUUAGAACCAACCAAAAUCUAUCAGCCUUCAUACUUGUCUAUCAACAAUGAAGUUGAGGAAAAGACAAUAUCUAUUUGGCAUGUGCUUCCUGAUGACAAGAAAGGUAUACAUGAGUGGAAUUUCAGUGCUUCUUCUGUCAGGGGAGUGAGUAUUUCUAAAUUUGAAGAACGAUGCUGUUUCCUUUAUGUGCUUCACAACUCUGAUGAUUUCCAAAUCUAUUUCUGUACAGAACUUCAUUGUAAAAAGUUUUUUGAAAUGGUGAACACCAUUACUGAAGAGAAGGGGAAAAGCACAGAAGAAGGAGACUGUGAUGGUGACUCCCUGGAGUAUGACUAUGAAUAUGAUGAAAAUGGUGACAGAGUCGUUUUAGGAAAAGGCACUUACGGCAUAGUUUAUGCAGGUCGCGACCUAAGCAACCAAGUCAGAAUCGCUAUCAAGGAAAUCCCAGAGAGAGAUAGCAGAUACUCCCAGCCUCUCCAUGAAGAAAUAGCAUUGCAUAAACAUCUGAAGCACAAAAAUAUUGUCCAAUAUCUGGGCUCUUUCAGUGAAAAUGGUUUCAUUAAAAUCUUUAUGGAGCAGGUCCCAGGAGGCAGUCUUUCUGCUCUCCUUCGUUCCAAAUGGGGCCCUCUGAAAGACAAUGAGCAAACAAUUGGUUUUUAUACAAAGCAGAUACUGGAAGGAUUAAAGUACCUCCAUGACAAUCAGAUAGUUCACCGGGAUAUCAAGGGUGACAAUGUGUUGAUUAAUACCUACAGUGGUGUCCUCAAGAUCUCUGACUUUGGAACAUCAAAGAGGCUUGCUGGCAUAAAUCCAUGUACUGAAACUUUUACGGGUACCCUUCAGUAUAUGGCACCAGAAAUAAUAGAUAAAGGACCAAGAGGCUAUGGGAAAGCAGCAGACAUUUGGUCUCUGGGCUGCACGAUCAUCGAGAUGGCCACCGGGAAGCCACCCUUCUAUGAGCUGGGAGAACCACAAGCAGCUAUGUUCAAGGUGGGAAUGUUUAAAGUCCACCCGGAGAUCCCAGAGUCCAUGUCGGGAGAGGCCAAGGCCUUCAUAUUGAAGUGUUUUGAACCAGAUCCUGACAAGAGAGCUUGUGCUAACGACUUGCUUAUUGAUGAGUUCUUAAAAGUUUCAAGCAAAAAGAAAAAGACACAACCUAAACUUUCAGUUCUUUCAGCUGGAUCGAAUGCAGAGUACCUGAGGAGCAUUUCCUUGCCGGUACCUGUCCUUGUGGAGGACACCAGCAGCAGCAGCGAGUACGGCUCCGUCUCCCCUGACACGGAGUUGAAGGUGGACCCCUUCUCUUUCAAGACGAGAGCAAAAUCCUGUGGAGAAAAAGAUGUCAAAGGAAUACGGACGCUCUUUUUGGGCAUUCCAGAUGAAAAUUUCGAGGAUCACAGCGCCCCUCCUUCCCCUGAGGAAAAAGAUUCUGGAUUCUUUAUGCUGAGAAAGGACAGUGAAAGGCGGGCCACCCUCCACAGGAUUCUGACGGAAGACCAAGACAAAGUCGUGAGAAACCUGAUGGAAUCUUUGGUUCAGGGGGCUGAAGAACCUAAACUAAAAUGGGAGCAUAUUACAACCCUUGUUGCAAGCCUCAGAGAAUUUGUGAGAUCCACUGACCGGAAAAUCAUAGCUACCACACUGUCCAAGCUGAAGCUGGAGCUGGACUUCGACAGCCAUGGCAUAAGCCAAGUACAGGUGGUGCUCUUUGGUUUUCAAGAUGCAGUCAAUAAAGUUCUUCGGAAUCAUAAUAUCAAGCCACACUGGAUGUUUGCUUUGGACAGUAUCAUCCGAAAGGCAGUACAGACAGCCAUUACUAUUCUGGUUCCAGAACUGAGGCCACACUUCAGCCUUGCAUCUGAGAGUGAUACUGCUGACCAGGAAGACUUGGAUGUAGAGGAGGACCACGAGGAACGGCCUUCAAAUCAGAGUGUCCAAAGACCUCACCCCGUCAUUGAAGAUGCUGUGGCCACCUCGGGGGUGAGCACACUCAGUUCUACCGUGUCCCACGAUUCCCAGAAUGCUCACCGGUCACUGAAUGUACAACUUGGGAGGAUGAAAAUAGAAACUAAUAGAUUACUGGAAGAAUUGGUUCAGAAAGAGAAAGAACUACAAGCACUCCUUCAUCAAGCUAUUGAAGAAAAAGACCAAGAAAUUAAACACCUGAAGCUUAAGUCUCAACCAAUAGAUAUUCCCGGAUUGUCUCUAAGUCACCUACAUUCUUCUGGCACAAAUACUGAAGAUUCUGAACUUACUGACUGGUUGAGAGAAAAUGGAGCUGAUGAGGACACUAUAAGUCGGUUUUUGGCUGAGGAUUAUUCACUGAUGGAUGUUCUCUACUAUGUUACACGGGAUGAUUUAAAAUGCUUGAGACUAAGGGGCGGGAUGCUCUGUACACUGUGGAAGGCCAUCACUGACUUUCGAGACAAACAGACUUGACAGUCCCUCAUUUGUUUCCAGCUUUCCAUGGCGGUUCUAAAAAUAAAUACAGGACUGAUCUUGUAGGAUGUAGAGAAUCGAAGGGAGAGGAGAAAGAAGCUGCACUUUAAAUCCAGUAUUUGUUUACUCAUGUUUAAAAAAAACAAAUAGACAAAAUACACUGAAAUUUCCUAACUAUAAUUCCUUAGAAUGCUCCCUAAGGACUGUCAAAAUAAUCCCAGACAUGAGCAUGUUUGGGAUUAUUUUAGCCUAAACAUUUUUUUGGAAAUAUUUUUAUCCCAGCAGCAAUUGUACUUCAGCCAAAUGUUUAUUUCACACAAAAUGGAUGUGACAUUUCACGUGAUCACGAAUCACUGGAACAAAACCAAAAUGUGACCAUAACUUUUUAGGCUUGUGUGUGCUUGUAAUAUGCUCUGGUAAUCUGAGUAGAAAUGCAUAAUUUCAAUUAUUGUAUAAAGUUUUAUGUUUUUUAAGUGUGCUGUAUCUGAAAGUAAUGGUUUUUAUCUACUUACCUGUACUAAUUGUAAUAUUGACUAUUAUUUUGUAACUUGAGUUUCUGGCCCAUGGUCCAUUCGUCUGAGUUGUUUAUGUCCUACUGAACUGGACCAUUGCACAUGCCUGAGUCAUAGUCAUGUUAGCUUGUUCUAAAGCUGUCGUUGUGUCAUAUUUCCCUUACAAAGUAAAAAGACUCUCAGCGUACUGCCUUGAUAAAUUCUAAAGGAUUCUUAUUUUUGUUUUGACAAACAAGAUACGCUCCUGUGUCCAAUUCUAAUUAUUUCUUCAGCUCUAUCUUUCAAUAGGAUCUGUGUUCUAAGCAAGUCACCAAAGCACAACUGAUAUCCAAGUUGUUCUCAGGACAGCAGGGUAUGAGGGUGAAGAAAAGGAGAAUAAUAGAAAGCAAGUGUGUUUUUUUAAAGCCCCAAGUUACCGUGAAUGAUUAUUUUGUAUCUUAAAUGUAUGUCUGUGAGUGGCAUCCCAUGGAGAACACUACAUCCAAGUUUUUCCACUGCAGAGAAAUAUUUUUAUUUUAAUCUGAAUGUUAUAUUUGAUAAGUCUGCCCAACUAAUAGGGUGAAGUCUGAAGCUCCUAGAUGGAUGAGAUAAACUCUUAAAUAUACAGGACCUGUUAUUAUGCAGAAUAGAAAUAAAAUGGAGCUGUUUAUGUAUCAUGA